AUGAAAGUCGUUCUUACCGUAACGUGGACUCCCUCUUGCGUACUUCCUCCUUAUCCAUCUUGCAAAUCCGAAGCUCAUGAUGCUCCGGAUAUAAGUUCUGAAAAUGCAUCUGUUGCAGGACAUAACUCUUCCGAAAUAGGCGGUUGUCAUCCAUCGUAUGACUGGUGUGCCGAAACAGUUCGUGUUCCAUUACCUAUCUACCUUAUUUGCUUCAUUUUCUUCUUUGGAACAGCCUUUCCUUUCACUGGCUCACCAUCAGGAGCAUUGUAUUCGGAAAUACUUGGCCCUCGCAGACAGGGAAUGAUGCAAGGUUUGCAUUCCUUUGGUGGAAGCAUCUCUCAGUUCAUUGCGCCCAUUGUCAUAACGUAUCUCUUCCAUCAUUCUGGCUACAAAUAUGUGAUGGUAGUUCAAAUCUGCACUAUAGGACUUGCCCUGCUGCUUGUAAUAGCAUUCUACAAGCGAUUGGUUCCUCUUAGGAUGAAACCUCCCAUGGGAAAGUAUCUCUUCCAUCAUACUGGCUACAAAUAUGUGAUGGUAGUUCAAAUCUGCACUAUAGGAUUAGCCCUGCUGCUUGUAAUAGCAUUCUACAAGCGAUUGGUUCCUCUUAGGAUGAAACCACCCAUGGGAAAGUCAACAAAAUAUAAAAACGGAGUAUUUUACACAAUGUGA